AUGCCCGGAGGCAACCCUCCGCCUCCGACUCAGACGAUCACCGUCACUCAGACCGCUUCUGGUCCCGAGCCGACCUCGUCCUGCUCCACUGGUGCCAUCCAGUGCUGCGAGUCCAUGACGAAGGCAAGGUACCCCACUGCCACGAAGAUCCUCGGCCUGCUCGGCAUAGUCGUCGAGGGCUUGGACGUCCUGGUCGGCCUCACCUGCUCUGCGAUCGAAGUCAUCGGUGUCGGCGGAGGCGCCUGCUCCAGCAACGUCGUGUGCUGCCAGGACAACAGUCACAACUCCCUCAUCUCCAUCGGCUGCCUUCCCAUAAUCCUUUAA